ACAAGCCCCUCCUCCAAAUCAACAAAAGAAAACAAUGCUGUUGUUUUGCUGAGCUAACUUAUUUCACGUUUCACCCUCUCAUCAAGCAUGCUCUUAAUCUUGCAAGCCAGUGCAGUCUAGCAGUCAACAUUAAUCAAGUACAGUGAAUGAUGGCGGUUCACAAGUCUGUCCUUCCCAACCACUACCUCCCACAAGACCCCCUCGACCUCGUAUCUGAGCCUGUGGCUAUCCCUGUGACUAGCAAGCAACCUCAAAGUCCACCACUCACUAUUGAAGAAUGCAGCAUCGUCUCGAGAAAUCACUGGAAAGACGAUAAAUCUCAUCUCUCUUCUACUAGCCCGUGUGCUGUUAAUCAAUUAUCAGAAAGCCCCAAGCGUGUUGGAAAUCAUUGCUACUAUAGCAACAGUGACGACCAAUCAGAUUCGCUCGCUGCCUCCCCAAAACACUCCCACUUGCAGGACGACCCGAGGCUACACAACACUCCCAGCUCUCCGCUCCUGGUUGCCAUGAGAAACGCUGUAGACUCACUCAACAAGUACGAAGACUUCAAAAUCUUGGAAAAAAUUGGAGCUGGAUUCUUUGCUGAAGUGUUCAGGGUUCGACACAUUCCCACCGAUCAAGAGAUGGUUCUAAAGUUAAACAAGAAGAUGACGGGUAUCAAGAAACUGAAGGAAGUGGAGCUGCUCAAGAAACUAGAGCACCCGAACAUACUACACUAUGUUGGAGCUUGCGUUCAUGAAGGGCAGUUACACCCACUCACAGAGUACAUGAAUGGUGGAGCCCUUGAGCAGCUGAUACAAAACAAGGACAUUGAGUUGCUAUGGCCGCUACGACUGUCCCUCUGUCUGGACAUUGCUAAAGGAAUGGAGUACCUUCACAAGAAUGACAUGUUUCACCGAGAUCUCAACUCAAAGAAUGUGUUACUACGGAAACAGGGAAAGAAUUAUACAGCAGUUGUGGCAGAUUUCGGACUAGCUGCUAAAACACCAAGUCUCAUGAAGCACUUGCGUAGACAGCAGUCCAUUGUUGGCAACCCCUACUGGAUGGCGCCAGAGGUACUGCGUGGACGACCCUACAAUGAGAAUGCUGAUGUGUUCUCGUAUGGUAUUGUCUUGUGUGAGGUCAUCUCUAGACUCGACGCUGACCCUGAAAACCUCAGGAGAACAAGAGAUUAUGGCAUGGAUGAGGAAUACAUAAGGUCUCUGGCUGAGGCCAAGGACUGUCCAGAGGAGCUCAUGGGGCUGGCCUUCCAGUGCUGCAAGAUCUCCCCACAAGGAAGACCUACCUUCACGGAGGCUAAUGUUCGUCUCUUGGUGAUCAUAGAUCUCAACCAAGUGGACGAAAGCAUGGAAACCAUCCAACCUCAGCCCAUGAACAGACUCAGCGCUCACAACCCUGAUGGAAGACCUCGGUCGAGAUCGUUAAGUCCUGAGCUAAACGGUUUCAAAGAUAUUACUCUUAAAACGGAAACUUCAGUCUAGCUAGUUUUGUAUGUGUGUUUAUAAUUAUCAGUAUAUUUACACCAUUUUUCACUUUCUUAUUUUCGUACUAAGUCUCUCCAUUUCUAUCAUUUCUACAUAAUUAUUAUAAUUAUAUUGUCUCCAGUUAAGUAUAUAUAUGCUACAUUGUUUGCAUAUGUACAUG